AUGGAUUCACCAUUUAUGCUUAUUAGAGUAAUUUGUUUAAGAGUUGCAGAUGUUAAAGCCAAAGCUUUGCUCGAAUUAAAUGAUGAAUCCGCUUUCAGUAGUACAAAACAGAUUAUUUGUUUACAGCCUUAA